ACAAACAAACAAACAGAGAAGAAAAAGAACAAUGAAAUACACUGAGAUAUCACAUUUCAGCCACCCACAACACAAACUAAGAUUCGAACACACCGAAUUCCCAUUCAAAUGCGACGGAUGCAAAGAAAUUGGCAUCGGUUCACGUUACAAAUGCUUCAUUUGCGACUACGACCUUCACACACACUGCGCAAUAAUACCAUCCACCACUCUCUUCCAUCCAUUCUACAACAAAUGCACCUUCCAAUUCAUGCAAACCCCACCAGGAAACUUGGCGCGUUACUGCAACGCUUGCGAAAAGGACAUAAACGGGUUCGUAUACCACUGCAAAUUGUGCGGGUUUGACCUCCACCCAUGUUGCGCGAAGCUGCCAACAGUUCUUAAUGACGGGGAAAUGAAACUUUACCUUUAUAGGAAAGUGAGUUCACCGUGUCACCGAUGUGGAAGAAAAGGACGUAGCUGGAGUUAUAGAUCGAACUGUAAGAAUUAUAAUUUGCAUGUUGCUUGUGUGAGGGAAAUGUUGGUGGAAAAUUGGGACAAAGUGUAUAUGGGACAUGGUGGUAGAAAACUUGAGAGAGAAGUUAUUCCUUGUUUGCAGAACACACUGUAUGCUGCACAUAACAGUAGAGGAAGAAAAGGAAGUAAAGGAAAGGUGAAAAAGUGUUGUGAGAUUGCUGGUUUUGCUGUGCAGAUUGUGAUUUCGGCGGUUUUGGGUGAUCCUACGGCUCUCAUUGCUGGUGUUGUUGGAGCAUUGAUGUCUCGGACUUGAACAACAUGUAACAGAACAGAAUCUAUCUUUUGUUAUGACAUGUAUGUUUGUUUUCUUUUCUUUAAUUAGUACCACAAGUUUUAUAC